AUGGUUGUUGUUGAGUUCAUGCUCCUGGGAUUUGGGAGGCCUAAACUGGAUUCUCAUCUCUUCCUGAUGUUUCUGUCAAUCUACAUUGUGACUAUUACUGAAAACAUCUUCAUCAUUGUGCUGAUGGUGGCUAAUCGACACCUUCACAGCCCAAUGUACUUCUUGGGCAAUUUGGCCUGCUUGGAAAUCUGCUACAGCUCAAAUAUCUUGCUGAGGAUGUUGCUUAGCUAUCUGUGUGGAGACAAAAGUAUUUCAGCCAACCGAUGCUUUACACAAUACUAUUUUUUUGGUUGUUUGGUAGCUGUAGAUUCCUAUCUCCUUGCAGUGAUGUCCUACGAUAGGUAUGUAGCAGGGUGCAAGCCGCUUCACUAUCCAUCCCAUAUGAACAGCAAGCUCUGUCUCCAGCUGGGUGCUGCUUCUUGGGUAGUAAGUGGCUUUCCAUCUAAUUCUAUACUAACAUUCCUGAUCUCAAGUUUAGAUUUCUGUGGGCCUAAUGAAAUUGAGUAUUUUUUCUGUGAAUCAUUCACAAUGAUAAAAUUUUCCUGUAGCGAAACUCAUGUGGUUGGACUUGUCACUUCUGUUGUGGCAAGUGUGUGCUCACUGCCUCCAUUUCUGUUGACCUUCUCAUCCUACCUCUGCAUCAUUAUCAAAACUUCCGUCACUGGAAGAAAAAAGGCCUUUUCCACCUGCUCCAAGCAUCUUUUUGUGAUGAUUCUUUUCUACUGGUCAAUAUUAACUGUCUAUGUACUUUCUCAUCAAGAUAUCCAAGUAUCUCCAAACAAAAUCUUCUCUGUUUUUCAAACCAUUCUCACUCCCUUGGUCAAUCCUCUCAUCUACAAUCUUAGAAACAAAGAAGUAAAGGAAGCUCUGUGGAAAGACACAAGUAAAUUGCUGACUUUCAGAGGGCUGCUUUCUGUUAAAAAGGAGGGGUAA